AUGCCCUCUAUUCACUCUUUCCGUUUGGUCCUUAUCUUCUCCCUCCUCCUACAGCUCGUGUUCGCAGAACAGAAAUGCUACGCGCUCAAUGGCACCCAACUAGGCGACGCAUAUGGACCCUGCAAUCCUGAUGCAAAGCAUAGCGGUUGCUGUGCCAUUCACCAUUCGGCGGGAUCAGUGGAACUCUGUCUGUCCAACGGUCUUUGCAUGGCCACCAAAAACGAGUACAUGGGCACGAUAUGGCAGACCGGGUGUACUGAUCCCACCGGCAAGGACCCGUCGUGCCCGAAAAUGUGUCCUGAUACGCCUCAGAUCAAGACGAAGUUUGUCGGCGCAUUCCAAUUUGAGACAUCUACAUCCACCGAGUCUUCUACGUCCAGUCCCGCCUCUACGACUUCAUCCCGGCCCAGCUCAACUUCAGCAUCCCCGACCACUUCCCAGAUAGGAGUCGUUGCUGCAGCCACCUCUUCCGUCAGCUCCCUCCCUACAGCCUCCAACGAAUCAAGUACAUGCGCAGCCGAUAAGCACCAACUCAAAGUCGUCGGCGGUACUUUAGCUGCAUUCUUCUGCGCCGCCAUCGCAGGCCUAUUAGCCGCCACAUUCUUCCUCUUUAAGAAGGAGAAGAAGCAGCGUAAGUUGAAAGAGCACUACGAGGCACAGUUCGCAACUACCAGCUGGGGCGCUUACGGCGCUUCAAAGAGCACGGUUGUUGGGAUGGCCUCAACUAGGGAUUCAUUGGACAAAGACGUGGAAGUUCGUUACAUCGGAAGGCAAAUCACAUAA